GCAGCAUAUAUCAUAUUCAUAUCUACUCUCCAAACCAACCAACCUUAGUAAUAAUCCCAACCAUGGCGCCGGAAAACAUGCUCCUCGCCUGCCUCCUCCUCAGCAGCCUAACCCUUACACCACUCGCCGACACCAACUCCACCACCACCUCCGCCACCGUGGACACACACAACAUCUCGAAGCCGCCCGCCACCAUCUCCAAGCCCGGCUGCCCCAGCAAAUGCGGCAACCUCACCGUCCCCUUCCCCUUCGGCGUCGGCGUCGACUCCGGCUGCGCAAUCAACUCCGACUUCGAGCUCAACUGCACCGACGCCUUCGGCGCGCCGCAGGCGCUCAACGGCAACAUCCAGUUCUUCGACAUCUCCGACGACCGCGCCCGCAUCUCCAACGUCGUGGCGCGCCGCUGCUACGACCGCGCCGGCUCGCUGACGAGCGACAACGCCGCCUCCUCCGACAUCACCGGCACCCCCUACAGCUACUCGCCGCUCAACAAGUUCACUGUCAUCGGCUGCGACGACUUCGCGCUGGUCAACGGCGGCGGCAGCCGCAACUUCACGAGCGGCUGCGUCACGCUCUGCUCCCGAGCCGAUGACGUGAUCAACGGCUCGUGCUCCGGCAUCGGCUGCUGCCAGACCUCGCUGCCGAAGGGCUUGCAGUACUACCGCGCCGAUCUCUCCAGCUUGAACAACCACACCAACGUGUCGUCGUUCGACCCCUGCAGCUACGCGUUUUUUGGGGAGGAGAAACGCUUCGAGUUUCUUGGGGCGGCGGAUCUUUCCGACCCGAAUUUCGUGCAGCGGGUCAGGGAGACGGUUCCCAUCGUGGUGGAUUGGGCCAUUGGGAAUUUGACUUGCGAUAAGGCUACGAGUUCGGAUGGCUAUGCUUGCAAGGGCAAUAGUGAGUGCGUUGACUCCGGCACCGGCUUGGGAGGGUACCGCUGCAGGUGUAAAACCGGGUAUGAAGGCAACCCGUAUUUGGAUCCGGGCUGCAUAGAUAUCGAUGAAUGUGCGGCAGCGGACCUCAACGAUUGUGUUGAGAAUAGUUGCUUGAACAACUUGGGGGGUUAUGAAUGUUCAUGUCCUAAAGGGCAGUUUGGGGAUGGCAAAAAGAAUGGUAAAGCUUGCACUCCUAAUAGCUCUACGUUUCCUGUGAUCAACGUUGCCUUAGGUACCGGAUUCGGUUUCCUAGCCGUAGUCAUUGCUGCAACAGUGAUAUACUUCAGCCUCAAGAAAAGAAAACUGAUAAAACUGAGAGAGAAAUUCUUCCAACAAAACGGCGGCAUGCUGCUAAAGCAGCAAGUCUCCUCUGUCGAAGAAGGCAAUUCCAUGGAAUCGACAAAGAUAUUCACGGCAGAGCAGCUGGAAAAGGCCACCAACAACUACGCCAAUGAUAGAAUCCUCGGCCGCGGAGGCUACGGCACCGUCUACAAGGGCAUCCUGCCCAACAACGACGUCGUGGCAAUCAAAAAGUCGAGAGUGAUGGACGCCAGCCAGAUCGAACAGUUCAUCAACGAGGUCGUGAUCCUGACACAGAUCAAUCACAGGAACGUGGUCAAACUAUUAGGGUGUUGUCUGGAGGCGGAGGUGCCCCUUCUCGUGUACGAGUACGUCUCCCAUGGCACGCUCUACGAGCACAUCAACAGGGCUGGGGCCGACAACUGGCUGUCCUGGGAGAGCCGCUUGAGGAUAGCGUCAGAGGCAGCCGGUGCCCUAUCGUACCUCCACUCGGCGGCGAACAUCCCGAUCAUCCACAGGGACGUGAAAUCCGCCAACAUCUUGCUCGAUGAGUACUUCACCGCUAAGAUCUCCGAUUUCGGAGCCUCUAGGCUUAUUUCCCUAGACCAGACAGAGGUGACAACCCUGGUCCAGGGAACUUUAGGUUACCUGGACCCCGAGUAUUUCCACUCGAGCCAGCUAACAGAGAAGAGCGACGUCUACAGCUUUGGGGUCGUUUUAGCCGAGCUGAUGACGGGGAAACGACCCAUCGACAUGGAGAGGAGCCUCGAGACACGCAAUCUAACGACGUAUUUCUGCAUGUCCGUGAAGGAGAACAAGUUAUUUCAGAUCCUAGAGCCGAGGGUGGUGAGGGAGGGAUCGUUGGAGCAGCUGCAGGCGAUGGCGCAGCUGGUGAAGCGGUGCCUGAACUUAAAUGGCGAGGAUAGGCCAACGAUGAAGGAGGUGGCAAUGGAGCUCGAAGGGUUGAGGAAGUUCAACAAACAUCCUUGGGCGAAUCUGCAGGCUGUGGACGAGGAGUCUGUCGGAUUGAUGAAUCGGGAUGGAGUCGUCGUAGCCGAUGAUCUUUAUAGCGUUCCGAUUGCGUCGGGAGGGGAUCUAUACACUGCGCCGAUCAGCUCAGCGGAUUUCUCCGGGCAAUACAGCUUGAACAGUGAUCCGAGCCAAAACUUCUUCCCUCACAUGAAUAGCCCUCGUUGAUUAAAUUGAGUUGAGUCGAGUCGGGUCGGGUCGGUUCGAAUCGAUUGGUGGUGUUAUGUGUGUUUGGAAUUUUCUUUUCUAGAUAACUCUAUAGACUAUAGAUAUGGGGCUGAAAGCCUGUAUAAUUGUAACUACAUCACUCAUUAAAUCCAUCGGUAAUUACAUCA